GCACGAGGUCGGUCAAGAAGGAUGCCUCUUACUCGUACACUAAAUACCUGGCAUAGAUAUCAAACACACUCCCUUUAAUUUCAACGAAUGGGGACCUUUGGAAAGGCUGCACAGCACGCUGGGAAUCAACAUCCAACGUGUGGAUGCCCGCCUGUGGCGUUUGUGACGUAUUUGGUAGUAUUCGGCCCGUGCUUGUCAAGGUUGGAACUGUAUCUGCGCUGCCGGGUAAGGCUUGGGAUGAAAAUAUGAGACCAGGUUGGGGCUAUGCCGCUAUGCGUCUCCCCUCUCUACGCAGCCAUCACCAAGCGUGAGAGCCGACUUGUGCAGCACUUUGUAGACCCCAUGCGGGCUUUCACAAGCACAGGAGUCUCCUCGGUCGCUUCAGAUCAUCAAGGAAUCACCUAUCAAGUGUCAAUGCCACUGUCGAGCCGCAAGUGCGCUCAGAUGAGUACGUGCGCAUCUGCGCGGGCAGUCAGAACAGCGUAUAAAUACCCGAUUGGGAACUGAAACGUGCUUGAACGUGGGUAUCAUUCGCUUUCGACCUGUAGGGUUUUACAACAGCCGUCUUGUUUCGAGAACCGAGGAGUCGUCAAAAUGGUCAAGAUCGAGCCUUUCGCGGUGGAGCAGUGGAUGGACGAGUAUGAGGUCACACCGGGCGUCAUCAACAUCGCCGAGACGUGUGCGGCUUCUGUCUCCAUUGACGACCUGAAGACCCUCUCCAAGCAGGAGGAUGGCGCAUCCCCCGUCAAUCUCUCCACCAAACUCACCUACGGCGCCAUCAGGGGCUCAGAGAAACUGCGAGGGCUGGUCGCUGGCCUGUUCGCGGAGGAAACCGUCGAGACUCUUCCUGCCGACAACGUGUUGAUCACCCAGGGGGCCAUAUUGGCAAACUUCCUGCUGCUGUACGCCUUGGUCGGGCCAGGGGAUCAUGCGGUCUGCGUGUAUCCGACAUAUCAGCAGCUAUACGGCGUCCCAAAGAGCCUAGGCGCAGAGGUCUCCCUGUGGAAGCUGAAGCGAGAGAAUGGGUUCGUACCAGAUGUCACCGAGCUGGAGUCUCUGGUCAAGAGCAGUACGAAGAUGAUCAUUCUCAACAAUCCGAACAACCCCACGGGAGCAACUAUCCCGAAGGAUGUUCUCGGCCACGUCGUUGAGUUCGCCCGAGCACGAGACAUAAUCGUCCUGUGUGACGAGGUCUACAGGCCGUUGUACCACAGCCUGCCAGCCGAGGCGGACAUCCCCCCUUCGAUCCUGUCGUUCGGGUACGACAAGACGAUCUCAACGGGGUCCAUGUCCAAGGCAUGGGCGCUGGCGGGGAUCCGCUUGGGCUGGAUCGCCUCGCGAGACCGAGGUAUCAUCGACGCCAUAGCUGCGGCGCGCGACUACACGACCAUCAGCGUGUCACAGCUGGACGACCAGGUUGCAAGCUUUGCCCUCUCCGAUGGGGUGCGGCCCGCCCUGCGAGGGAGGAACCUGGAGCUAGCCAGGACCAACCUUAAACUGCUCGAGAACUUCGUCGAGGAGCACCAGGGGGUUUGUAGCUGGGUCAAGCCGACGGCGGGCACAACGGCGUUUGUCCAUUUCACGAAUGGCGGCAAGCCGGUGGACGACGUGAGAUUCUGCAUAGACGUGCUCGAAAAGACAAAGGUCAUGUUCGUGCCGGGCUCCAAGUGCUUUGGCCAUGACCAGGACUUCAAGGGAUAUGUGAGUGAUGCCCCCUCUCGGAGCCGGGCCAAGGGGCUCCCGCCGUCCCAAGCUCUGCGUUGUAAGGUGAGGCGACAGAUGGCUAAUGGAAACUGGUCCAGGUCCGGAUCGGGUACGUGUCGGAAACAGAUGUGCUGGUCGAGGGGCUACACAGGCUUGGAGAAUACGUGAACAAGAACCUGUCGUCGUGACAGUUCGUCUUGGCCAGGGCUCUGCAGGGGUGGCAUUCGUGGAGGAAAUCGUCACACCAGCGCGAGAGCCGCGAGCGACCAACAAGUCAUGUGAGACCGUGCUCCGAACUGGACGGCACCCAGUUCCGGUCCGCUCGAAGACGGGUCGUGAGAUGGCCGGGCGCCAAGAGCCAAGCCGUGAGCUACUCCGGAAGGAUCGGCGGACAAGACCGCGCAGCGAUUCGUGAAACAAUUGCCGGUGAAUUGUAAUCUCACCGGUAUCUCUGGGCAGUGGCAGGUCAGCAGGCCCGGAGUGCAUCGGCAGCAGCGGCAUAGUGUUUUCGUGGCGCGUGUGGUAUUUGUUUAUUUUUUUUUCAGAAAAAAAUGAAAAGAGAAAAAGAAAAGAAGAAUGUUUGUCGACAUUUUGUGUUCCUCAUUCCACAGUACGGAGUACUCCAUCUCCACCACUGCUCCAAGCCGUAAUAAGCCGUCGUCUGCUGUGCUAAUAUGCUCCCUUGACACGGGCUUGGCAUAGAGGUAAUACUUUGGUACCCUGGCUCGAGUGCGGUCUAUUGCCAAUGAAAAGUGGAGGAAAGUAAACACGGGGUCAGAAAGUCAGAGCAAUAGCGGAUAACCCGUGCAGCCGCGCAGCCGUGGCAGCUGGGCAGUUGCC